CAGUUUUUUAAUUCCUUUCUCCACCCACUCCUUACGAAAACAAAAUAACCAAAACGUAAAGAGUUUCCAAGUUUUAUCAAUGGAGAGAUCAAUGGAGAAAAGCGUGAGCUCUGCUGUUUCUGGUAAUUCAAUCAAUUCGAAGCUGAGGUAUCCUCUCAGAUCGGCUCUUAGAUCCUGGGAAGGGAAGCCUCCUGUUCCUGAUUUCUCUGCUUCUUCAGUUCCCAGAAGGGGACGAGUUGCUUCUGCUGUUAGUCAGAGUACUACAGUUCUUGAUUUGUCUGGGAAGAAGAGUGUUGAUCGCACCAAGCUACCACCAAGAAGACUUUCGAUUCCUAACAAGUCCACUAGCAAUUCUUCUGUUAAAUCAGUGAGCAGCAGUGUCACUUCUCUUUCUGAAACCAAGCCAAGGAGAUCAGGCAUUGUCGCUAGGAGCUUCAAUGAGACAGCAACACCUGUCUCCAGUCAUCUGAGAUCAUCAGUGACUCGGAGGAAACCUGAAGACUUGUCUUCCUCUACUUAUUGGCUGGCUCAUAUCAAGCUAGCUGAAUCUGUGGCCAAACAUUCUAUCUCUCUUGGUUUCUUUAAACUUGCUCUUCAUGCAGGGUGUCAGACACUUGACAAGAUGAAAGAAGAGCUGAAAUCCUACGCUCGUCGCAAUAACAUGGAUGGGCUUGCUGAUGCUAUGAAGGAGCUAUCUGAACUGUACAAUAUCUCAGAAGAAUCAAAGCAGAUGCAGGUCUCGGAUACCAGUUCUGUCGUAGUUGACGAGACAGCUGUGUCUCUAAACAAAGAUAAUGAUGUCCAGAGUUCCCUCUCCACGCCUGGAAAUUCAAACAUCACAUCAGAGGUCACGAAAGACGAUGCUUUGAGGGAUUCAGCUGUCACAGAAACAGUCAAGGAGGAAAAGACCUCGGAAACAGUCCCAGAAGAAAGCAUUAGAAGUUCUUUGGAUGAAAUCAUUGUGAAUCAAGAGGAGGUUCCAGAGGUUGUUCAGGGAUCAGAAGAAGGACCUCGUUCAUCAAAAGAUGAUGUUCCAGUUGUAACUGUUGUUCAACCUGUAGACAAGAAACGUGCAAGAAAGGAGACUGUUCCUAAGAACAACCCGCCUUCGAAGACAAAGAAAUCACUAGCAACCAACUCUGCCAAUUCAAGAACAGUUCCAAUAAACAAGGACGAUAAAUCUCAGAAGAAGUCUGAAAAGGUCACAAAACCCAGGACUAAGAAAGUUCAAGAAGAGAUAAAGAAGUCAACUAAGAAAUCUACAGCUAAAGAAGUUGAAGCUACUUCUCUGAAGCAAAUGAAGAAAAUGGAGAACAAGGAAAACACUGUUAAUGUUGAUGCAGCAGAAGAAAUCCAGGUUUAAAUGAGGAACAAAGAAGCAUUUCUAUUUCUUCAACAUAAUUCAAUCACUCUUUUUCUUUUGGUUUGAAUGGGUUGUUCAAAGUACAUAGUUGAAAAGCUUUUGCAAGUUUGUUUUUAAAAGUGUGGUUUGAAAGACAAAACAAAUACUUUAUUUGCUUGCUUUGUAAUUGUGUUAAGUUUAAUUUCAAAUUUUCUUCA